GCAAGACGAAGUUGACAUUCAACAUCCAUUCAACUGAUGGUUCCAUGGCUUGCCGACUCUCGUUUCCCCGGUUGGUUUACGCCGAGGACAACAAGGCCAAGUUUGAGCAGCAGAAGCGCAACGUGACCAAGUACAAGGAGCUCAUCUUGGAACGCCAAAGUGAACUUCGUUUGCAGGGCAGUCCCGCGCACGAAGAUCCACGGCUACAGGAGCUUCAGGGCCUACUGGCCGAGGCCCAGAAGUCGGUCUGGGUCACCUCCGGGAUCUUCUAUCGCCAGGUGACCACCGGGAUUUGGAUUGGGGCAACUGAUGCCUUUCAACAACGAGCGGCUCAGCGAGAGCAACUCGCGCAGGAAGUGGCCUUCUUGGAAGCCGCUGCGUGUGAAGGAACAGAGCAGGUGGAGGCUCAGGUUGAGAUGGGAAUGUCUGAAAGUUAGACAAUGUUGGGAAUGUCUCAAGCAGGACCCAUUGUCUCACUAAGAUGAGCAGUUCCGAGGGUCAUUUAGCAGUUGUCCUUUUGCAGCACGUGGGGGAAUCACAUUUGCUCGAGAACGGAUCCGACUCAGUCUUGAAGAAUUUGAAGACAUCCCCGGCAGUUGAUGCGGGCCAGUCGUAGUUGUAGGAGUUUUCGCACUUGAGCGCCCAAGCCGCGCUUCAAGUUGAUGCACUCCGGUGUCCAAGACAUGUCCAGGGGUGCACGCUCUCUCUCUCUCUCUCUGUUUUUUGAGCGACUUCCCAGUGGUCCGAGCAUGUUCCCAACAACGUCAGCUCUUGCGCAGCGUCUUUCGUGCGGUGAGUGGGUCACUUAGUCUGGCUGUGGGCCACUCGGUUUGGGUGAUGUUUCAGGAUGAAGUGAAG